AAUACCCCCAAAUUCCCAAAACCACCCCAGAUCCAAAGUAUCCAACCCCCAAAAAAUGGCACUAGAAUGGGUUGUUCUUGGCUACGCGGCGGCCGCAGAGGCCAUAAUGGUCCUACUCCUAACGGUCCCAGGCUUGGAAGGCAUCCGUAAAGGCCUGAUCGCGGUGACCCGCAACCUGCUGAAACCGUUCCUCUCCAUCGUCCCAUUCUGCCUCUUCCUGUUGAUGGACAUAUACUGGAAAUACGAGACUCGCCCCAGUUGCGAGACCCCCGAGUCUUGCACUCCCACCGAGCACCUCCGCCACCAGAAGUCCAUCAUGAAGAGCCAGCGCAACGCUCUCCUCAUCGCCGUCGCUAUCGUCUUCUACUGGCUCCUCUACUCGGUCACCCAUCUCGUUACUCGCAUCGAACAGCUCAACCAACGCGUCGAACGCCUCAAGAAUCGCGACUGAUUUCCGAUUUCGCCGUGUCCUACAGAUAAGUUAACCGCUGUUGUGUAAUGUUUCUUUCAUUGUGCUUUUAUUAUCAAUAAAGUUUGUUAUUACCUAUCAAAAAAAAAAAAAACAAAAAAUAGUUUUUAGGGAUUUUGAUUCUAAGAACAAAUUGUGGCUUUGCUUCUACUGUUUGUUGCAUUGAGUUUGGGUAGUGUUGGGUUUUAUUACGGAAAAUGGAAAUGGUUAAACUUGUGUUA